ACAACACUGUGUUGUGCAGGAACAGACACGACAGAGCUGAAAACCGCCAGCGGAACAAAUGAAAACGAAAACUACCCUUUCAUUUGGAUUAAUUUACCGGAGAUACACUCAGCCGAAGAGGGGAGCUAUUUAGGCGACAUUGGAGCGACUGACGAGGACUGGGGACAUCAGUGUAUGAUAACACCGCCGAAUGGUUUCUGCUGCCCCGCCGCUAAGGUUGCAGGCUAAGAGAAGCAGCUGAUAAUGCCUGGCAUCUCCUCCGGAUCCACACCCACUUCCGGCCUUUAGAGGAAGCGGCUGUGCCAGCAUGUCCUCUCAUCCUCAGUCUGUACCCCCGGGCCGGAGGACUGUGGAUACCCGGCACCUGCCAAACCCCGUCACUCUACCACUGCAGCUGCAACGGGCACACACGGAAGUGGGACUGAUUGACUACCACUCUCAUCAUGCUAGAGACUACAGCUCUCACCUGGCACAACCCCAUCGCCGUCGGCCGUCCUUGCUUUCAGAGUUUCAGCCUGGAAAUGAGAGAGGACAAGAGCAGCAUAUCCGCUAUGAACACCUCUACCUGCCAGAGCACAGCGGGCAAUCAGAGGUGGAGUACACGGAGAUCAAAAGGCCUCGUUUAGACAUGGUACCAGAGUCUUUGAUGAGGCCUUCAUCCCACCGGCUGCCAUUGCCUCUGGGAGGGGCUGAGGAUAUGGCAAAGGAGCGUGGAAGUGCCAUGGGAAAGCUGGAGCCAAUCUCCCCCGUGAGCCCGGUCCAUAUGGACCCUGACUUGGAUCUGGUGCCGGCUCGCUUCUCAAAGGAGGAGCUGAUUCAGAACAUGGACCGCGUGGACCGGGAGAUCACCAUGGUGGAGCAGCAGAUCUGCAAGCUUCGCAAGAAACAGCAACAGCUGGAGGAGGAGGCUGCAAAGCCCCAUGAGCCGGAGCGGCCCAUCUCACCUCCACCCAGUGAGGCCAAGCACCGCAGCCUGGUGCAGAUCAUCUACGAUGAGAACAGGAAAAAGGCAGAAGAGGCUCACAGGGUACUGGAGGGACUGGGACCCAGGGUAGAACUGCCUCUGUACAAUCAGCCGUCUGACACCAAGCAGUACCAUGACAACAUCAAGAUAAACCAGGCGAUGAGGAAGAAGCUCAUCUUGUACUUCAAGAGGAGAAAUCAUGCUCGUAAGCAGUGGGAACAGAAAUUUUGCCAGCGCUAUGACCAGCUGAUGGAAGCCUGGGAGAAGAAGGUGGAGCGCAUCGAAAACAACCCGCGGCGCCGGGCCAAGGAGAGCAAGGUGCGGGAGUACUACGAGAAACAGUUCCCAGAGAUCCGCAAGCAAAGAGAGAUGCAGGAGCGCAUGCAGAGCUCAAAACCUCUGUGUAUGGGUAGAGUAAAAGGCGGAUCUAUUCUGGAACACAACCGUGUUGGGCAGCGAGGAGGUGGGCUGACCUCGUCUGCAGCUCGCAGUGAACAUGAGGUCUCUGAGAUCAUAGAUGGAAUAUCAGAGCACGAGAACACAGAGAAGCAAAUGCGACAGCUGGCGGUUAUUCCUCCCAUGCUGUUUGACGCUGAGCAGCAACGCAUCAAGUUCAUUAACAUGAACGGACUGAUGGACGACCCCAUGAAGGUGUACAAGGACCGGCAGGUGAUGAACAUGUGGAGCGAGCAGGAGAAGGACACUUUCAGAGAGAAGUUCAUCCAGCACCCCAAAAACUUUGGUCUGAUUGCGUCCUUCCUGGAGAGAAAGACUGUGGCUGAGUGUGUGCUCUUUUACUACCUGACCAAAAAGAAUGAAAACUACAAGAACAUAGUGCGGAGGAACUACAGACGCAGAGGAAGAAGCCAGCACGGCCAGCAGCAGCAACAACAGCAACAAGUGCACCGGAGCAGCCAGGACGACAAGGAGAAGGAGGAGAAAGAGAAGGAGGGAGAGAGGGAUGAGGAGAAAAAUGAAGCCGAAGACAAAGAGGAUGGAAUGAAGGAUGACACCUCUGGUGAAGAUGCAGAGGACAAAGAGCCCACUGUGGCUUUCAAGGGUCGACGCACAGCCAACAGCCAGGGGCGCCGUAAGGGCCGCAUCACCCGCUCCAUGACCAGUGAAGUAGAGGAGACCACUACACCGCCACUCAACAAUGAGCUCGCCAAUCUGGAGAUGAAUGAGAGCUCUCGCUGGACUGAAGAAGAGAUGGAAACUGCCAAAAAAGGCCUUCUCCAGUAUGGUAGGAAUUGGUCCGCCAUCGCCAAGAUGGUGGGAUCCAAAACUGUGUCGCAGUGCAAGAACUUCUACUUCAACUACAAGAAGAGGCAGAAACUGGAUGAGAUUCUGCAGCAGCAUAAAAUGAAAUCGGAGAAGGAGCGAAAGGCCCGGCGUAGGGGCAAAUCCUCACAGAAUGAGGAGACCAGUGCUACGUAUGCAGCAGAGGAGGAGGAAAUGGAGGGUUCAGGAGCAAGUGGCAAUGAAGACGAGGCCCCUGAAGAUGGAGAAGGUGGAGCCAACAACAGCUCUGACACUGAGAGCCUGCCCUCGCCACACUCAUCAGAGGACAGCAAGGCUAAGGAGGAAGGCUCGAGCCGGUCAAAGGCUAGCUCCAACAGCGGGGACAAAGAGGCUAGUGGGUCCGACAUGGGCCAGGCAGGGGACGAGAGACCUCCUGUAAAGGAAGAUGCAGACUUAGCAAUCAAGCAGGAGAUAAAGACUGAGACAGGGGAGCCCAACAAAGAGCCGUCAACAGCACCCAGCGAUGCCACAGAUAAAAAACCUCCUUUAGCAGAGACAGAGGAUGUCAAAACCUCUACCAAGAGCUCCAAGAAGGAGCAUGGGGCCAAAAAAGACUCCCAUGGGGACAGCGACUCUAGUGCCACUUGCAGUGCCGAUGAAGUGGAGGAAACAGAAAGCACAGAGAAGAACAGGAUGACUUCACCUAGGCCAAGCCUGCUGAACUACACUCACGAUGGGGUCAUAUCCUCGCCGCUGCAGAAGCCCCUGGACCUGAAACAGCUAAAGCAGAGGGCUGCUGCCAUACCACCUAUUAUGCCAGAAGCCUCAAUGCAUGCUGGUCAGCGAGGCGGGGGCGGUAAGGCAGUACUGCCCCCCCACGCACUGGCACUGUACCAGCAGCAGAUCACCAUGGCUCAUGGGGAGUCCUCUCAGGAGGUCAAACAGCAACAGCAGCAGCAGCAGCAGCAACAACUCUCAGGCCAGCCAGGCAAACCGCAGCCUUACAGCUCACAGGGAGAGAGGGAGAGGGAAGCUCUUCACAGCAGCAGCCCUCGUGUUUGUUCACGCAGCCCCUCCGCCAGCGACAAGGAUGAGCUGGAAGGCAACGAGAGGUGGUUACUGAUCCUCCUGCAGGGAUUAAAAAAGUCCCGGGAUUUCUCUCCACACGGUGAAGCCAAGAAGCAGGCGCUGGGCCCUGAUGACCUGAGGACCUCCAACCUGGGUCGGCAAGUUCUCUCUCCGUACCCCAUGUCCCCACGAGACAUGGCCAAAAUCAGUCACGACCAGCACCUGCUCCACUUCAAUUCUUUCCAGCAAGCAGGCCACCCUUCACUGUCCAACCUGCCCCAGGACAGUGGUAGGUUAGCAGCAGUGAGGCCCCUCACCAUGCCAGAUCCACCACCACUCAUCUCCUCCUCCAAGCCAGGAGGCUCCAUCACACAGGGCACCCCGGUGCAGUUGCACAGCCCAGCUCAUGGGAUGGACCAUGGGAAGAUUCCUCCCACACAGAUGGGUCUGUCUUGGAUGGACCAAAGGAAAGUGGCAGGACCGUACCCCGUGGUGAAGCAGGAACAGUUGUCCCCUUGCAGCUCUUCCUCCCAACCCGACAACCUGUCCACCCAGGGGCCGUCUCAUGAUAGUGCUGCUGGACGUGCAUCUAUUCCAGCCGUCCAGGGGGGGAGUAUCACUAAGGGCAUCCCAGGGACCAGAAUGCACCCAGAUUCCUCAAUCUCCUACAGAGGGGGCUCCAUUACUCAGGGGACGCCGGCUGAUGUGCUGUAUAAGGGAACCAUAACCCGUCUGAUCACAGAGGACAGCGCCAGUCGAGCUGAGAGGGAGCGGGAUGAGGCUCUGUCUAAGGGCCAUGUGGUUUACGAGGGCAUCAGUGGACACAUUCUCACAUAUGACCGCUCAGCUUCCCAGACCCCCAAAGAUGAGGGCCGGGGCUCCGGGCAGCCUGGGGAAAUUCUUGGCCUGAAGCGUCCUUAUGACGUCAUGGAGGGAGGCAUCUCUCGGGGACAGCCUUUGAGGGAUUCACUGUCUGCACCGAACUGUGAGGGUCUGAUCGGUCGAGCCAUGCCUCAUGAUAGGGACAGUCCGCACCACGCACCUUACAAGGAUGCUCAUCACAUCCGUGGUUCCAUAUCACAAGGUAUACCUCGUCAUCUGGACCCUCAGGAUGGUUACCUGAGGAGGGAGGCUAAGCAGAUGAAGAGAGAAGGUUCCCCCCUCCGUGGCCCUGGUUCACUCUCAGACCCGAUGAAGGGCAGAGAGGGCAUGGUGCCCACAGUGAAGGAGGGCGGGCGCUCCAUCCACCUCAUUCCCAGAGAGGAGCUCAGACAGCCUGGAAAAGAGGGAACACCCAUGAAGCAGGAGGCAGCUGGUUCAGGGAAACGCCAUGACGUUCGCUCCAUCAUCGCCAGCUCACCACGUUCCUAUCAUACCAACCCCUCCCCCCUGGAGAUGCGUACUGAGAGAGGGCGCUAUGAAGAGGCACCUAAAGGGAGGCCCAGUGCUGUUGUUAGUACUGCUAGCCCUAUCGCCCGCUCCUCUCCACUCACACUGGGGUCAGAUCAGGGAGGCAAAGCCCAUCAUAGUCCAGUUGGCUAUGAUGACAAAGGUGGCCUUAGGACCCCUUACCCUGGGCCCUCACAUAGAGGCUCCCCCCUCUCCAGGGAGGCAAGCCAAAGGCAGCAUGAUGGUUCAAGUAAGAAUCCAUCUCAAGAGCGCAAAGCUACGCCAUCCCCGAGGGAAAUGACUGCUACCAAAUCACCACUACAGGGUGUUACCGAUCAGCAGACCUACGAGCGUCUGCUGCAGGGCCUCGGAGCAGCAGAUGUGUACCGUCAAAUCCCCUUGGCCUUCGAUCCUUCAUCUUUGCCCCGCGGCAUCCCCAUUGACCCAGCUGCCUACUACUUGCCACGCCACCUAGCCCCCAACCCAGCAUACCCUCAUCCCUACCCCUACCUCAUCCGUGGUUUUCCCGACACAGCGGCCCUGGAAAACCGCCAGACACUGCUCAACGACUACAUCACCUCCCAGCAGAUGCACCAGUGGCCUGCAGCGGCUGCCAUGGCCGCCCAGCGCUCAGACUUGCUGAGGGGUCUUACUCCUCGAGACCAGCAACUUCCUAUGCCCUACUCAGCAGCCCCACGUGUCCCUUCUUUCUGUUCUCUAGGGAUCAUCGAUCUUUCUCAGGUGCCACACUUACCUGUCCUGGUCCCUCCCUCUGCAGGGGCAGCCGGCUCCCCCAUGGACCGCAUCACCUACAUCCCCGGGGGAAGCGCAACCUUCCCUGGCAGGCCAUACACCACCUCCCCCAUCUCACCAGUUGGGUCCUCACACAUGAACAAGAUGCCGGGCGCGUCCUCAUCUUCAGAGCGCGAGCGUGAGCGAGAUCGUGAGAGGGACAGGGAACGUGAACGAGAACGGGAGAGAGAGAGGGAGCGUGAGCGGGACCGUGAGAGAGAUCGAGGAAGAGAGCGAGAGAGAGAGCGGGAGAGGGAACGGGACCGCGACAGAGAGAGAGACAGAGACAGAGAGCGUGACAGAGAGAAGGGCGGGUCUAUUGGAAAUGUGGAGCAUGCCCCCAUCUGGAGACCAGGUACAGAGCACAGCUUGGCAAGCAGUAGUAGCAGUAGUGUGAGACCUUCCUCCCAGCCGUACAGCCACCAGCACUCCCCAGUGUCCCCGCGCACCCAGGAGAACGUGCAGCAGAGGCCAAGCGUCCUGCACAACACCGGGGGCAAGAGUCUCUCUGUCAGCGAGCACUCCAGCUCUUCUGUGUUUCGGUCCAUGUCCUCUGGGCCGGGCCGCUACCAAGUUUACCCCGGCCACCUCCAAAGGACCGGUGUGCCUCCUGAGGCCUACCCACCUGCCAUGGACUCAAGUGUAGCCAAAGAGCAGAGUCGGGAUGGAGGAAAAAACAGGGGAGGUCUACCCAAGCAUGUACAGGACCAGCACGGGCCCUCAAGCAAAUCUGACCCCAAGCUGUCCAGCCCAAGUCCAGGAGGAAUGUACCCGGGUCCCUAUCCCACGGCUUCAGGCCGGCAACAACACCUCCUACCCCACCAGUUGGAUAACCCUUCUGGCCGUGGAGAAAGCGGUACUCCUAGUAGGGAAAAGACUCAAAACAAACCGAUGUCCAUUCAGGAACAAGAGCUCCGAGCACUCGGUAAGACCACCAUGACUGCGGCCAACUUCAUAAACGCGAUUAUUAUGCGUCAAAUUUCUUGUGAAACGGGGAUGCCAGAGACCGGUUCGCUUGUUGCCAGCAGCGCCACUGAUGCUCAGCAGAAGAUGGAGCCACAUGGUCUUUACGGUCCUCCGCCUGAGGACAGACUGUCUCCAGGCCAGCAGCCCCCAUCUCCCCAUGUGAAGGGCAGCCAGAGGGUGGUCACCCUGGCACAGCACAUCAGCGAGGUGAUAACUAAAGAUUACACCAGGCAGAGUCAGCAGCAGAGCUACCACGGCUCUCCUGUCCUGGACCUGACCCGUCCUCCCAGUGCCUCCCAGCCCCCUCCCACCUCACAGGAGUCCGCUCCAGGGCCCCGAUAUGUGGACAGCCUUGGUGGAGAACGAAUCAGAGAACGAUCUCCUCCUCAGCUCAAGUCAUCCCCGGUCUCAAAUGACGGAAUUGAACCCGUGUCUCCUGCCGGAGCAAACUCUGAGCCUGAAGUCCAGGGAGGGGCUUCCUACCCCAACGAGCAGGGGGAUCAGGGGAUGGGCUCCCGUUCCCCUCCCAACGCCUCGCAGCCUCCAGCUUUCUUCAGCAAGAUGACUGAGAACACGUCAGAAAUUGUCAGGUCAAAGAAACAAGAGAUGAGCAAGAAGAUGACUGUGAUGGGAAAUGAGGGGGAUUUCAAUGCAGGUCAGCCUGGGACAGAGAUCUUCAACAUGCCAGCAUCUACAACUGCAGGACCUGUGAGUGUACGCUGCCACCCGACCCCUGAGACCCCCGGAAACUCAAUCGGCCUUGAGGCCAUCAUAAGAAAAGCCUUAAUGGGCAAAUAUGAUGAACAGUCUGAAGAACGUCCGCCAUCCAACGCUGCCAACAUGAUGGGCUCCGGUGUGUCCUCAAAUAUGCCUGACGGACGCGGUGACGACUCUUUCUCACAAGGUGGGGGAAAGUCCUCAAAGGGCAACGGGCGCUCUAAUGGACGGAAGGCCAAAUCUCCAGGACCGGGCCUGUCGGGGGGGGAGAGACCGUCGUCUGUCUCCUCGGUCCACUCUGAGGGAGACUGCAACAGACGAACUCCUCUCACCAACCGUGUGUGGGAGGAUCGGCCUUCAUCCACCGGUUCAACUCCUACCCCAUUCCCGUGUAACCCGUUGAUAAUGCGUUUCCCCAGCGGCACAGUGUCCGCUCCCUCUCCUUCCUCUGGGCAGCAGGGUGGCCAGGGACCCGGGUUAGCACCUGGACAGGGCCGUUCCUGGGAGGAGGAACCAAAACCUCUGCUCAUGUCUCAGUAUGAGACCCUGUCUGACAGCGAGUGACCUGAAAAUCUGCCGUACCACAGGACCUGCUAACAGUCAACCCACUCAUUGCUGCUGCAGCAACACACACACACACAUACACACACACACACACACACACGCACACACCUACUGGCACCUGCAAACCUCCCUGCACCAUUCCACUCCUCUGAAUUUCCUCUGUCAGUCAUGAAGCAAGCAUCAUGUCAACAACACUGAGCUGUAACACUGCUGCUCCAUGUGUGAGUAUAUGUGUGUGUGCGUGUGUGCGUGCGUGUGUGUGUGUAUGUGUAUGCGUGUGUUAGCACUUGUGCAUUCACUCCAGAACUACUCUAAAGGACAAAUCACUUCUUUUUUUUUUAAACUUUACUACUUUUCCUCACUGGCCUUAACAAUAAAGACACAUGGACCUGCACUUUUUAGGUGUAGCGCUCUAAUGUGCUGACACUUUGCAAGUAGGGGACUCUGAGGUCCUGUUGUUGGUCUGAUCAUGAACCUGACGACGGCUCGAGUGACAGAUUUUGAGUACAGAUCGGACCAACACAGCGGUGGACCCUCUCAUGUUUCCUCACAGUGGACUCCCGGUGCAGGCGGCCUGCGCGCUGCUAACACUACAACAAUUCAUACAAGCGGACGAGAGGAGAAUCAACAUCCUGUUUUCCUUUCUUUUUUUUUUGGUUAUUUCUUUUAAAUUCAGUCCAGUCCUGUGUUUGGAAUGUGAGCUGAGACCUGUCGUACAUUUUGAUGGUGAACCUUUGAUGGUGUCAUUUGUUGUCUAUUAUCUGCAAUGAUGUAUCUUUUUUGGGGGGGAAUGGACGGGGGUCAGAGAUUGUUAUGCGGGAGGGUCAUAUCAUGGUUUACAGGGUAAACAUGCUGUUCAUGCUGAUGUCAUAUAUUAGGGGAGGGAGGGGUCCUGAGGAACGGGGAAGGCCUGUUGACUUCAGGCGUCCAUGCGGGGAGAGAUGAUUUGCCAGAUGGAUGGCACUGAAACCAGUGACACUUUCUCACUGUUUUUAUAUUAACCAUGUCUGUGUUUGUUGAAACCGUUUUUGGAUAUUAAGCACUUAGUUGUCAAUCUGUUCACAAUGGCAUUUUUAAGAAUCUGUGUUUCCUGGGGGAGGUGAAAAAUUGAUUUAAGAAUAGACACCUCAUCACGGAGAUAUCCUACCACACUUAUGGGUUUAAUUUUUGUCAUAAUGUUCUUUAGCGCUCCCACACUCAAAGCGACAAUCACAUUUCAGUGACGACUUAGCCGCUUCGAGCAGGUGCACAUCAACCUUAAAGCUGCUUACAGACAAACUCCACAGCAGCACUUGGAGUUUACUCACAUUAAAGUGGUGAAAAAAAAGCCAUCUUUCUAUAACCCUCGGUCCAAAGCGACGUCGGCUUCAGCUAGCUCGCUAGAAUCCCGUCUAGGAACCGUUUGUGACGGUCUGACUUUAACCUUUUACUGCCUCGGGAAGGAGCUAAGACCUGACUCCUCAAUCAGGCAGAUUUUUGUACAUUAUGAGAUAGUCCUAGUGUUAAGUGCCAUUUAUCUUACAUAUACAGAACUGAAUUUAUCAAUUGACGCACAACCUUUUCUUUUUUUCUUCAAGCCCCCCAUGAAGGGGGAAAACUAUCCACGCAGGGAAAUCUGAAACAAGCAAACAAAACGUCCUUUUUUAACAAGUUUUACAUGUGCUUUUUGUCAUUCGAUCAUCAAAUCAAUCACAGAUUAUUAGAUUUUAAAACUUUAACUGUUUAGAUAUAUUAUUAAAACAAACUAAUACUGCGAACCAGGGCCUGCAUCUCAUGUUAUCUCCACUCACACAUUUGACAUACUUCCUAAUCACACUUCACGUUUUCUUCUGGUUAGAUGAUGUUAAGGGGAAGAUAUUCAUUCUGUUAAGUUUCUGAAUCAUUUGGGCACUUGUUAAAUUUUUUCUGCCGUGUUUAAAACAUCCCUCUCUAUUUUAAUGUUGCGGAUUAGCAUUUGACUUUGUGCAACCGGGGUUCCUACCUCUGAUUGACAAGUCUGACACAAUGUUUGUGAACAUUUUUUACAAAGGCUAACCUCUCCUAUCUGUAGUUCAUUUUGUCAUCACACAAACAUGACUGUUAUAUGACUACCUCCUCUCCCUCUUACAUCAUACCUGUCCUAUGGUCAAUCAUAAAGCAUGCCACAUCUGCAGAAAAUGGUUUUAGGUCUGAAUUUUAUCCCCCUAUAGACGGUUUGUUAUUUCAUCCAGUUAGGGAAAAGUACAGCCAGGUUUGUCCAUUGAUCUCUCUUAGUGUUUAAUAAUCCAUGAUCAUAUUGAAGAAUGUGACAGUUAAACAAACUAAGCCAUAUCCAGCUGCUCCCUAAACCGAUGACAGACGAGUACAUUGUUUUAACAGUACACUGAUACGAUUUUAACAUGCAUCAUUUUGUUGUUGUGCAUACAGCUUGUUUUGAUUUCUGUCAUGUCACAAAUCAAAAACAGUCAUUCAAUACGUAAACUUUGAUUUCUGAAGUGUUCCCUGGACUGUCCAAACAUGGGCGGGGGUGGGGGGUGGGGUGGGAUUGACAUAAACGGUAAACAUUGUUCAACCAUUUUUGUGCAUAAUGAUUUUUUUUUUUAUUGUAACCCACUGUAUAAUAGCAAGGAUUGUAUAUAAAACUGAAGAGAUGUAAAUAUUUAUGUGGCUUGCUUUAAGGUUGGUAUUACGAUUUAAAAAAAAAAAAAGAAAGAAAAAGAAAUAUUCACAUGGUUUAAUUCUACAUGCCCACCAGCAAGCUUUGUGGAUAGCAGUGUAAAAAUGAAAACAAAAAAAGACACUGCCUUAAUGUUUAAAUAAAAAGCUUAUUGCCAUU